AUGAGAGACUUUGUCCAAAGAGUCGUAGAGACACUCAGUGUGGAUGACAACAAAGAUCGUGUCUCGUUGGUUCAGUACAGCCGAGACGCAGCUGUCCAGUUCUAUCUGAACACAUACACGACAAAGGGCGAGAUCCUUGACAUUGUCAGAGGGUUGAGGCACAGAGGCGGCAGACCCCUCAACACGGGAGCAGCUCUCCAGUACUUGAGGGAUAACGUCUUCACCGCCUCUGCCGGCAGCAGACGCCUUGAAGGAGUCCCACAGCUCCUAAUAUUGCUAAGCGGCGGAAGGUCUUUUGACAGUGUCGAUGCACCCGCUUCUGCUCUCAAACAGCUCGGAGUGCUGAUCUUUCCCAUCGGAAGCAGAAGCUCCGAUAGCGGAGAGCUGCAGAAGAUAGCCCACGAUCCCAGAAAUGCUCUGAUUGUACCUGAAUUCACUGACCUCCCAGGUGUCCAACAACAGCUUCAGUCCUCCGUGGAGGCUGUGGUGGCUGACGUCACCCCAGAAACGCCACCAGUAACUGCUGAAGCCAAGAAGGACAUUGUGUUCCUUCUGGAUGGCUCUGAUGGAACAAGGAAUGGCUUCCCCGCCAUGCGAGAUUUUGUUGAGCAAGUGGUGGAGAAACUCAAUGUGGGCGUGAACAGAGACCGUGUCUCUGUCGUCCAGUACGGCAGAGAUGCAGAGGCCAAUUUCUAUCUGAACACGUACAGUAGAAGAGAGGAUAUUGUGGAUGCAGUCAGAGGGCUCAGACACAGAGGAGGAAGACCCCUAAACACAGGGGCCGCCCUCCGAUACGUCAGGGACAACGUCUUUACAAACUCCUCAGGGAGUAGGCGCCCGCAAGGUGUUCCACAGAUCUUGAUCCUGCUAAAUGGCGGGCGCUCUUUUGACAGCGUCGAUGCGCCAGCCUCUGCUCUCAGACAGCAGGGCAUCUUUACAAUCAGCAUUGGAACACAGAACUCUGACAGCAACGAGCUGAAAAAGAUAUCCCAUGACCCUAGUCAUGCCCUGGCAGUGUCUGAGCUCACUGACCUCCCCAGUGUCCAAGAACAGCUCUCCGCCGUAAUGAGCAGGGUACUCAGAGCCACGCCCGUGACACCAACAGUGACUGUGGGCAGAUCAGGAAGGGAUGUCGUUUUCUUGUUGGAUGGGUCUGACGCCACACGAAACUCAUUCCCAGCUAUGAGAGACUUUGUCCAAAGAGUCGUAGACACACUGAGUGUGGAUGACAACAAAGAUCGUGUCUCGUUGGUUCAGUACAGCCGAGACGCAGCUGUCCAGUUCUAUCUGAACACAUACACGACAAAGGGCGAGAUUCUUGACAUUGUCAGAGGGUUGAGGCACAGAGGCGGCAGACCCCUCAACACCGGAGCAGCUCUCCAGUACUUGAGGGAUAACGUCUUCACCGCCUCUGCCGGCAGCAGACGCCUUGAAGGAGUCCCACAGCUCCUAAUAUUGCUAAGCGGCGGAAGGUCUUUUGACAGUGUCGAUGCACCCGCUUCUGCUCUCAAACAGCUCGGAGUGCUGAUCUUUCCCAUCGGAAGCAGAAGCUCCGAUAGCGGAGAGCUGCAGAAGAUAGCCCACGAUCCCAGAAAUGCUCUGAUUGUACCUGAAUUCACUGACCUCCCAGGUGUCCAACAACAGCUUCAGUCCUCCGUGGAGGCUGUGGUGGCUGACGUCACCCCAGAAACGCCACCAGUAACUGGUACGUCUGAAGCCAAGAAGGACAUUGUGUUCCUUCUGGAUGGCUCUGAUGGAACAAGGAAUGGCUUCCCCGCCAUGCGAGAUUUUGUUGAGCAAGUGGUGGAGAAACUGAAUGUGGGCGUGAACAGAGACCGUGUCUCUGUCGUCCAGUACGGCAGAGAUGCAGAGGCCAAUUUCUAUCUGAACACGUACAGUAGAAGAGAGGAUAUUGUGGAUGCAGUCAGAGGGCUCAGACACAGAGGAGGAAGACCCCUAAACACAGGGGCCGCCCUCCGAUACGUCAGGGACAACGUCUUUACAAACUCCUCAGGGAGUAGGCGCCCGCAAGGUGUUCCACAGAUCUUGAUCCUGCUAAAUGGCGGGCGCUCUUUUGACAGCGUCGAUGCGCCAGCCUCUGCUCUCAGACAGCAGGGCAUCUUUACAAUCAGCAUUGGAACACAGAACUCUGACAGCAACGAGCUGAAAAAGAUAUCCCAUGACCCUAGUCAUGCCCUGGCAGUGUCUGAGUUCACUGACCUCCCCAGUGUCCAAGAACAGCUCUCCGCCGUGAUGAAUUUAGACAAAAAAAUGAUAUUAACACGCCAUUUUCCUCUUUCUUUAGCUGAGUCACAAGGACCACGGAAGGACAUCAUCUUCGUCGUUGAUGGAUCUGACAGCGUUGGACGGGAUUUCCCCGUCAUCCUGGAGUUCAUUCGUAGGAUUGUGGAGAACCUGAAUCUCGGCGAAAAUAAGAUCCGUAUCGGCGUGACACAGUUUGCUGAUUAUGCACAGGCUGACAUGUAUCUGAACACAUAUACAACCAAAGAAGAUGUCUUGAAUGCAGUGAGAGGAUUUAGGCAGCGGGGAGGAAGACAACGAAACCUGGGCCAGGCAUUACAAUUUGUGAAUGAUGAUAUGCUGACAGCUGCGCGAGGCAGCCGGAAACAAGAGGGUGUUCCUCAGUUUCUGGUUGUUGUCUCAAGUGGGUCUCCGACAGAUGACAUCAGUCGUCCAGCAACCGCACUCAAGGAAUCAAGAGUUAUUCCAUUAAGCAUUGGCACCAGGGAUGUGAAUUCAAAAGAUCUGCAAACGGUGUCCUUCGUUCCGAACUUUGCCUACACAGUGGAUGAUCUCCCAAGCUUGCAUACAGCCCAAGAAACUGUCAUUGACACGAUUACUAAAUUAUCAGACGAUGACAUUGCCCGGCUCACGCCACAAUUCACAGUCAUUGACGGUACAAUUGGACCAAGCACAGAAGAAGAAAAGAGGGAUGUUGUAUUUCUUAUCGAUGGUUCGAGUUCAGCACGAAAUGAAUUUCCUUCCAUUCGCGAAAUGAUCAGAAGAGUUGUGGAGAAGCUGGAUGUUGGACUGGACAAAGUCAGAAUUUCAGUUGUACAGUAUAGUGAUGAUGCCAAGGUAGAUUUUCCCCUCGAUGAAUUUUCCACCAAAAAUGAAGUACGCCAGGCUGUGACGCAACUUCGAAGCAAUGGAGGAAGUCGUCUGAACACAGGUCGUGCUCUUGAGUGGGUCUCUCGAAACAUCUACCAAAGGUCCGCAGGAAGCCGGAUCGAAGAUGGAGUGCCUCAGUUUUUAAUUCUAGUAACCAGUGGCAGCUCUACAGAUGAUGUUACCAGUCCAGCGGACCAACUUAAGAGAAACCACGUUGCACCUAUUGCCAUCGGUUCAAGGAAUUCUGACCUGGACGAGCUGAGGAAAAUUUCCCUCAAGCCUGAACUUGCAUACAGCGUUGACAGUUUCAAGGAACUUCCAACAGUGGAGCAGCAACUCAUUAAUUCAGUCAAAACAAUUUCUUCCAAAGUUAUCAUCGAAAGCUAUCGCCCUCCAGAUGUAGUCUUAGAUAUCUUAGACGUUGGGAGAAAGGACAUUGUUUUCCUUAUUGAUGGAUCGGACAGCACAGGUACCACAGGUAUUGCUCACAUCCGGGACUUUAUUUUAAAGCUUGUUCGACAACUCGACGUGCGCUCUGACCAAGUGCGCGUGGCCCUCGUCCAGUACGCUGACCGAGCCAAAACUGAGUUCUCACUUAAUUCACAUGACUCCAAGCCAGAUGUUGUCACAGCCAUUAGAAAACUUCGUCAAAUGGGUGGUCGCUCCUCCAACCUGGCUGAUGCUAUUCAAUAUGUCAUACAGAAUGAGUUAAAGCCCUCUGCUGGUGUUCGUCCAAUGGAUGCCUCCCAGCAUCUUGUGGUUCUUACAGGGGGACGUUCCCCGCAGGAUGUAUCUCUCUAUGGGACUUUGUUAAAGCAAUCCAAGGUUAACUGUAUUGGAAUAGGAGCAAGUGGAGCAGACACAAGGCAGCUCACCCAAAUUGCUAGAUCCCCAGAAGAUGUCCUUCAGGUUCCCAAAUUCCCUGACCUGUCAGCAAUCAGCGAUAGGUUCGUUGCUAGACUGACGGGGACCCUCCCAGUUGACCCGACCCCAGAUGAGGUUCCCACACAAGGCCUCCCUGCACCAAAGAAGGCUGAUAUUGUGUUUUUGGUGGAUAGCUCCAUGAAUCUGGGCAGAGAUAAUUUCGAGAAAGUGAAGAUAUUUGUGGCCGAACUAAUAGAUCUUUUCUACACUGACAGAGACAAUCUGAGGAUUGGACUGGCACAUUAUGGCACUGACGUUUCAGAUGUGUUCUACCUUAACACCUACAAAAACAGACCAGACAUUAUUACUGCCAUUGAGCGUGCAGAUUAUAAAGGAGGACGUAGAACCAACACGGGUGCGGCUAUUCGACACAUUCAAGAUGUGCACUUCUCCAGAGAAAAGGGUAGUAGGAAAGACGAAGGAACUCCUCAGAUUCUCAUGGUCGUCACGGGAGGACCAUCAUCUGAUGACAGUAAAUCAGCGGCGCUUGGCUUAAAGAAGACUGGUGUAAGAAUCUUUGCAGUUGGAGUAGGGGACAUGGAGAAUGAGUUAGAGACGCUCGCCAGUGACUCCUCCACUGUGGCCAGAGCCAGAACCUUUACAGAGCUCUCGGAGCUCAAUGAGCAAAUCCUAGGGACAUUAGACGAUGAAGUAAAGGGCAAGCUGUGCGUCGGUGCACAGGAUGCUCCCAAAGCCUGCAACCUAGAGGUGUUGGUGGGCUUCGAUGUUUCUGCCCAAAAUAUCUUCAGUGUCCAAACCAACCUCCUGAGCAAAAUGGCGGCCAUUCUGCAAAGGAUCACCAAAAUGGCAACCAUCAGUUGUUCAUCAGGACAAAUUCCCUCCAUUCAGAUCGGCAUGCUCGCCAUCGAUUCCAAUGGAAGGCCAGUCCAGGUGGACUUCUCUGAUAAUGCCGAUAAGCUAUUGGAAGAAUUUAGAGGCUUGCGUGCUCGUGGCCCCUUCGUCCUCAGUGGCAAGACCAUCUCGGCUUACAAAGAUAGAUUCAGAACCAGACAAGAUACCACCGUCAAGGUUGUUAUACAUCUGACUGAUGGUAUUGAUGAGCCCUAUCCUGAAAUGAAAAGGCGAACUGAAGAGCUCCGUCAGUCAGGAGUCAACAGUUUUAUCCUGGUUGGGCUGGAGCGGGUAUCCAGAUUUGAGGACGCUACAUUGUUGGAAUUCGGCCGUGGAUUCAGGUACACCAGACCGCUUCGACUCAACAUCCUAGACUUGGACUACGAGCUAAUGGAGGAACUGGACAAUAUUGCUGAGAGGGAGUGCUGUGGAGUGGCAUGCAAAUGUACAGGCACAAGGGGAGACCGAGGUUCCAUAGGAGUUUCGGGACCGAAGGGUCGUUCAGGUGGUCCGGGAAGCCAAGGCCAUCCUGGAGAUGAAGGUGGACCGGGAGAGCGAGGCCCUCCUGGUGUGAAUGGAACUCAAGGUUUCCAGGGAUGUCCCGGACAGAGAGGGUUAAAGGGUUCUCGGGGAUAUUCUGGAGAAAAGGGUGAAUCCGGAGAGAUUGGCCUGGACGGCAUUAACGGUGAAGAGGGCAAGAGUGGAGUGGCUGGGCCCUCGGGAGAGAGAGGACAUCCUGGCAGUAGAGGUCCUAAAGGCAUCAAAGGCCAAGCAGGAGACAGAGGAGAAAUGGGAAUCAGAGGAGACCCUGGUUCAAGUGGAAGAGAUAACGCACGACCCGGACCAAAAGGAGACCCUGGUGAUGCCGGACCAGCGGGCGAGCCUGGCGAGGAUGGAAACAAGGGAACACUUGGAGAACCAGGAAGAAGGGGAUCUGACGGGAGACGAGGUGCACCAGGACAAGCUGGCAACGCAGGACCUCCUGGAGUUGAGGGUGUGAGGGGAGAACCUGGAAUCGGGGGAUCCAGAGGUCCAGCCGGACCAAACGGUGCACCAGGACCCAGAGGAGAGGAUGGAAAUCCUGGACCCAGGGGCCCUGGUGGACGCCCGGGUUCUGUGGGAGAAAAGGGAAGAAGAGGCGCAGUCGGUCGCAAGGGAGAGCCCGGAGAUCCAGGAAUUAAAGGCGUCGAGGGACCUUUCGGACCCCGUGGAGAACCUGGCGAAGACGGCAGAGACGGCUUCGGGAUCUCAGGACCCAAAGGAAGACGGGGUGAUGAAGGUUUCCCAGGGUUCCCAGGGCCAAAGGGAGAAGCUGGUAACCCCGGAACCACUGGUGGACCUGGUUCACGAGGAAAUCGCGGACAGAGGGGCGUCUCUGGAAAUGCUGGGACACCCGGACAGAAAGGAGAGGUCGGCUAUCCAGGGCCUUACGGUCAAAAAGGACCAAGAGGACCGGGUGUUGUCCAUUGUGAGCUCGUCCAGAAGAUCAGAGAUAACUGCCCGUGCUGUUACGGAAAGCUUGAGUGUCCGCUGUACCCGACCGAGCUAGCGUUCGCAUUGGACGCAUCCAGCGACGUGGGACGGCCGGCCUUCAACAACAUGCGCGAGGCCGUGCUGCGGCUGCUGCGAGAGAUAACAAUCUCGGAGAGCAAUUGCCCCAGGGGCGCCCGCGUGGCGCUGGCCCUCUACAACAGUGAGGUGACCACCGAAGUGCGCUUUGCCGAUGCGAUGAAGAAGCGAGCACUGCUGCGCCACGUGGAGGGCUUGCAGACACUGCAGACCAACAAGCGCCGCAGCCUGGAGACAGCCAUGAGCUUCGUGGCACACAAUACUUUCAAGAGGGUCCGCAGCGGCUUCCUGGUCCGCAAGGUUGCCGUCUUCUUCGUGGGUGGCUCGGUUUCCAACACUCAGGCCGUCACCAAUGCCGCGCUGCGCCUGCACGAUGCCGGCGUUGCCACUGUGGUACUGCUCAGGAAUGAUGACAGGGGCCUCGCGAGAGCCUUGCAGGUAAACAACACAGCAUUGGCCCAGGUCAUCGUCUUGCCAGACUCAGGAAGUGCACAGUUUGACACGGUCAUGAGAAAGGUCAUGAGCUGUCACCUCUGUUUUGACUUCUGCUCUCCGGACCCAACAUGUGACUACGUCCCACCGUCAUCCGGUCGAGACAGACGGUCUUUCACCACUGACGUGGACAUUGACAUUGGCUAUAUCGUGGACAGCUCAGAAAGCACAUACCCUGCUGUUUUCACGGAAAUCAAACGCUACGUUGCGCAUAUGGUGGAGCACCUCCACGUCGCGUCUGUCCCCAGCACGUCCGCUCACCACGCCAGAGUGGCCUUUGUCCAGCAGGCGCCCUACGAAUUUCUCCGCAACCACACCGGCCUUCCCGUCCACGUGGAUGUCGGCCUGACUGAUCAUGGGUCAGCAAAAUCCUUGGUUGACUUCUUGCUGGAAAAGACACCCCAGCUUGAAGGCGGACGCUCGUUAGCGGACGCCGUGGAAUGGACUUCUGAUCACGUUUUUGAGAAGGCACCCCUGCCGCGCCCCCGCAAAGUGUUGGCGCUCUUUGUGACUGGCAGCGUAGAGGAGGAGGAGGAGCGCCUGGUGCGUGUCGCCACCGAGGUCAAGUGCAGAGGUUACUUCGUGGUUAUCUUCGGCGUGGGCGACAGGCUGAGCGCCGCCGACAAUCGCGUCCUGUCGCGUAUGGCUAGCGAGCCGUCCGAUGUCUUCCUCAAGAGAAUAGAUGACAUCUCGCAAUUUUACGACAAGAACCUUCUCACUUUUGCACAGAUGCUGCCCAAGUACAUCAGCAUUGAAAAUGCUUUCUACAUGUCCCCUGAAGUGUCCAAAGACUGCAAGUGGUUCCAGAGAGACCAGCCCCUAAAAAAUCCUUUUACCACUAACGUCCACCAACACCAGAGCCAAACGAAACAUCAUGAAAAGCAGCAGGACUCUCAUCCAGUCAAACACACAGCGUUGGACGACGACGAGCUUCAUGUGUCCAACGUGACUGGUAACGGCUUCAGGCUGCGCUGGAACAACCCAGACCCCAAAAACUUUGUCUACUUCCAAGUGAAAGUGACACACCUGCGUGACCACGCCCCAAUCAUCAAGAUCAAUGUGUCAACGUCCGAGCUGUCCGUGGAUGAGUUGGUUGGCGGGCAGACGUACCACGUGGUCGUGACGGGCCACGGCGCCAAUGGACACGUGCUUUCCACGCACAAAGGCAUCGUCACCACCAGUACGUCCGUAAACGAUUUUGCGUUGCAAACGACGGAGCAGCGGCCGGUUGUCAGCGGCCACGUCAUCACCGCUCCAGUAAAUGCGCCGUUGGAUAAACCAGAGACCGAGCCGGAGCCUCAGCGUGAAGCUCAGCAGCAGCAAGUGGACAAGUUGGAGCUCCACCCGGCUCCAGCGGCCUUAAGGGCCGUGGACAUUUGCCAGCUCCCCAAAGAUGAGGGCGCAUGCGCCAAGUUUGUUCUCAAGUGGCACUUUGACGCGCCCAGCAAGAGCUGCGCACGCUUCUGGUACGGAGGAUGCGGCGGAAACCCGAAUCGCUUCGACACACAUGAGCAAUGUGCUAAGGCUUGUGUAAAAACAGCCCGGAAGACAACGUACCCGCCCAUUCCACUCCACUACAUGGUGAUGCUGCGACACCAAGACGCAGCAAUUGUGUUGCGGAAUAGCCUCGCCUUUAUAGGGUGA